UUAUCUUAACGUUAAUUUAUUGCAACUGAGUUUCUGAAAACGCCAAACACACCUGGCGGUUGUGCAUCUUUAUUAUUGAAUGACCAUUGGGAAUCAUAGAGGUAAUAUCACAAGAACUUCUAACUCCUAGCGAGCGAGUGCGAAAUACCACCCGGAGAAUUCUCAAAAUACAAGCCCAUCCUUUCUUGAAUUAAACUAUAUUGACCAUCAUGGAUUACUGCGACUAUGAAGCAGAUGGCGACGCAGCAGCGGCACCAAAAAGGGUCUUCACGGAGCAGACGAGUCUUAACGAGGGUGUAAGGCCCGCUGCGGCGGACGAGGACGGAGAUGUGCCCAACAACUGGAGGAGGAAGAACACCGUCUGGCGAAUCGAGAGGAAAAAGGAGCAUUUGUUCCACCAGUUCAUGGAGAAUACUACCUUACACGGAGUAAAGUAUGUGACGAACCCCGCGCACAGCAAGCAAAGACGGUUGAUUUGGAUGGUGUUGUUCGUGAUAAUGCUUGUUAUCGUCUCUUGCGCUAUCUUCUCCCACUUUCAAGAGUACUUCGCUUACGCCACCAAGACAGUCAUCACCUACAAGACACCACACAAAACCAGUUUCCCUAGUGUAGUCAUAUGCAACUGCAAUAAGUUCAGAAUAUCAGCCCUCAACGGUAGCCAAUGGGAAGAACUGCUACCCAUGGUGAAUACAAACGGCGUCUAUUACAGCGAGCAGAUCGAGAAGCUAAAGGCGGGAAAAUAUUUUAACGUGAACGCCGAAGAGGAGCUUCGCAUCAAGGGCGCCAACUACCGGGAACUUGGCCUGGCGCUCUCGCACGAGUUCGAAGGCAUGCUGUUGGAUUGCCGGUGGGCGGGGAGGUAUCGCUGCUCCGCGGCCAACUUCACGCAAGUCUGGACCGAUUUUGGAGUGUGUUAUGUGUUUAAUGGUCAGGAUACCACGCGGGUUGAUGAUGAUGGAGAGGGUUUAAUGGCGGAUAAUACCGGGCUGGAUGGCGGGCUGUGGGUACGGUUGAAUGUCGAGCAGUCAGAACACGCUUCCUCAAACACCGGGAGCUGUUUUAAGGUCGCGAUACAGCCAAGAGGAGAUGUCUAUUUCGUGCGAGAUGCAGGACGAACAGUUCAACCGGGGUAUCACUCAAUUAUUGGACUCAAGAAACAGGUGAGAAAAAGCAUGGAGUCUCCUUACGACACUCACUGCCGUAAAGAUGGCCUGAAGUACUACAAUGGCUACUCCAUAAACGCUUGUCGUAUGGAGUGCCUAACGAACGACACUAUGGAGAAAUGUGGAUGUAUAGCACCAUUUAUGCCAGAGUCUUCCGGAUUUCCUUACUGCGAUCUGAUCACGUUGAUCACAUGCGUCGCUCAUCGCAUAGGUUUCCCGUACUGCGAGUGUAACACGCCGUGCAGCGAGAUCCUGUACGAUGAGAGAGUUAGCUACUCUCAGGCGCCCUCUAUCGACUCUAAUAAGGAAGUGCAGAUGCUGUUUAAUUGGUCGAAAGAAGAAGUCUCAGAAAACAUCCUGGAGAUAUCCAUCUACUUUGAGGAUCUUCGUGAGCAGUGGACGAUACAGGAGGCUGCCUAUGGUCUCACCGCCCUCAUGAGUUCGAUCGGUGGCGAGCUAGGGCUCUGCCUGGGAGGUAGCAUCAUCACAGUCUUCGAGUUCGCCGAUUACCUGCUGACCAGACAGGCGCUGCAUUUCCGACUGUUCAAGAGGAAAUUCAGCAAUGUUGGCAGACUCAAACGGCGAGACCACCCGGUUUGAUGUCAUUAUCGUGACGUCACCAUGAU